AUGCAAGUUUUUCUUUUGACAGAUCGAGUGAACAACCAAAAAUGCAAAAAAAUCGUCAUAGAUUAUUCUAGUCCGAAUAUUGGGAAGCAGUUUCAUAUUGGGAAUUUGCGUUCGACGUUAAUCGGAAGAUAUCUAGAUAGGGUUCGCCCAUCGGAUUCAUAUUGGAACUCAUGCAGCGAUGUGGAAAAAAUACGUGCAAUCACGGACUGCUAUAUAGUAGCAAAUAAGAAACGAAGAAUAGAUGAGGUCUUUCGGGAAGAAGUGCGCCAGACUUUCGCUGAAAUGGAAAAUAAGAUUGUAAAAGGUGACUUUUCUUCUCCAGAAAUGCGGCUUUGGAACGAUGUACGAGGAAUAUCUGAGCGGCAUUUGAAGCACUUCUACAGUUUGUUCAGUAUUGACUUCGACCGGGCAGUUGUUUACGUUACUUUAGAGCUUGCAUCCAUUUUACAUCGUGACGAUUUGUUUCACGCAGAUCUAUACAUGUACGUUGUCGAUCGUGCUCAACGUAAACAUUUUGAGACACUACGAGCCAUUCUUAGUAGAAUUGGAAGAAAUGACUUAGCCGAGAAAAUUGAGCAUGUACCAUACGGAAGAGUCAAAGGGUUGUCUACGAGAACGGGUCGUACAGAAAUUGUUGGAGAAAUUAUUGAUCGUGGAAAAGAGUUAGCUUUGCAAUUUAUGAAGGAGUCGAAGACGACCAAGCUGCCGCCUGAGAAGGCACGAGAGGUGGCAUACCAGCUCUCCUUAUCAACCUUGAUAUUUAAUGACUUGAAACGGGCAAAAUCUGCUGAAUAUGAGUUUUCGUUUAAAAAUGCAUUUGAUCUCAGCCAUAACAAUGCUUUAUUACUACAGGUGAAACACAGCCGAUUAUGCUCUAUUGAAGAAAACAAUUCGGAACUACUACCCUUUCUCGACGAAUGUGACUCGAUUCCGGAAGAAACACCUGAUUUCACAAAUUUGGCUGUUCAUCUUUCUCGGUUUCCUGAGGUAGCCGUCCCAAGACUAUUGCUUUUAUCGGCAAGUAAGGCGGUACUUCAUGAAGGCAUAUCAUUAUUGGGAGCAGCGCCUGUUGUGAUGAUGUGA